ACCUCACAGCAGAAAUGAAAUUAUCGAGAAAACUAUUUUCUUGUAUUUCGUUUGGAUCAGGUUCAUGAAUCCCCGAGUCUGCAGAGGUAUUUGUAUCAAGAGUAGGACUUCUGCUUUCCCGAACUUUGUCUUUGCAGAUACCAGCUUUCCGUAAGCCAUGGAAUAAACAAGAUAUAUUGCCCAUUAGUCCUUCGCUUUUCCUAAACUUUGCCUGUCGAGGUUUAGAUUCUGUCUUGUUUGGUAAUUUUGUCACCCUUGAGGUGGGAAUAUUAAUAAACAUUUAGAAAUGCUCAAUUUUCGUCAGCAUGCAAGCGAGCGGUGUGGCUAAUGACUAUAGCAUAGUACUCGCCAAAAUAUUUUGUGCCUCAUAUUGCGUAAACAUGUUUUUACAAGCGGAAACUGAAAUUCCGCAUCCACGAAAUGUUAUUGUCUUUUAUUAAAACUUGGCAACAAAUAUCGUGCUAACGUAGAUGUGUGGGUAGUUCACUUUGCAGCUGUGACAGGCGGCCUGAUGAUCAAACGUGAUCCACACAGAGUGAGUCGUUGAUCAAAGCACGUAUUCCAUUUAAAUGAAAAAAAAACACAUCGCAUGCAGCUCACGUAAUGCAACUCUAAUGUUUCAAUAUAUAAGCCUGGAAAUCUCUGAUGAAAUAAAAUUGAUUCCAAACAACAGUAGUUACAGUACACGACAGUCUCAAAUCCACAAUAGAAUGUGUGUUAAAUCACCGCCGGCUUCACACCGUUUGCGCAAACUGAACAAAUGACUCAGACUCGUGAAGUGUCCUCGGGUGGUUUGCCAGGAUAUCGUGAAACAGAAAGCUGCCUCAAAGGUACACGAAGUUACUGAACUUACUGCCAAACAGAACUCAGUCAACUCAGCCAAUUGCUAGAGCUCUGUGGUCUCAUAAUUUGUGUUUGUACUUUGUACUGCCGAAGACUAUUUAAACACAAUCUCGUUCCCCGAGCAUGCCCGUUCGCAGGUUAAGGGUGGGCAUAGCUCUGGAGAAAUCGAAUUGAUUCAGGCCUGUGAUUGGCUAACGGCAGAUAGUACGUUGGAUUUCCAACGUGAGUUCUACGCAUGCUUGGCAAUUGCAGCAAAAUAUAAACAAAGCAUUUGGAAUUUCUCGUCGAAAAUAAAUGAAAAUUUGAUACUUUUUACACUGAAAUCGAUUGAAAACAACUAGAAAUUCUGGGGGAAAUAUGUGCGAAAGCUUCGGAUUGGUAGCGAUACAACUACCUGAAAAAUACAAGGAGAACUUCGACGUUUCGAGCGAAGGCGCUUCGACUUGUGCUGUUAGUGUUUGUAUACAUCGUACUUGACCUUUAUAUACUGUACUACCUAACACUACGUAUACCUUAAAUUCUGACAGGAGAGUUAAAUGUAAAUUUUAAAGCAUAAAAAUAUAUAAUACUUAUUAUUGAGGAGAUUAUAUUUAUCAGCAAAGGUCAAGUACGAUGUAUACAAACACUAACAAAUAUACAAAUCGAAGCGCCUUCGCUCGAAACGUCGAAGUUCUCCUUGUAUUUUUCAGGUAGCUGUAUCCCUAUCCAACCGAAGCUUUCGUACAUAUUUCCCCCAGAUUUUUUAGUUGUUUUCAAUUCGAUUUCAGUGUAAAAUGUAUCAAAUUUUCGACGCGAAAUUCUAAAUACUUUAUUUAUAUUUUGCAACAUUGCCGAGCAUGCGUAGAACUCACGUUGGAAAUUCAACGUGAAUCAAUUCGAUUUCUCCAGAGCUAUGCCCACCCUUAACCUGCGAAUGGGCAUGCUCGGGGAACGAGAUUGAUUUAAACACUGCAUCACAGUUAAUAGAAUGAGAUGCAGGGUCAACCUCGUUCUCAGGCUCUUUCUUCUUUCCUUCCCCGAAGAAAGAGUAUGGGGACGAGGUUGAUGCAGGGUUACCAUCAUUCUCGUACCCAGAGCCCUUCUUACGCGCGUUCGACCGGUAUUUUGUAAUAUUUUGACCAUAAUUAAUUUUUAAUCCAUAUUUAUCAGGUAUUUAGGAUACUACGACCCCCCUUCAUGGUUGACCCCUACUACUACAUAUAGUUUCGUACCACACUCACGUGCUUAUGGAAGUGGAUUUAUAAUGAAGUGGAAUUUGUUGAGUUGUACUUGAAUUUAUAUUACACUGGCCGUAAGGCCCGGUGUUUAGUCCUAAAUAAUUUUCUGUGCGAAAAUUCUUCGUUUUUUCCGUUUGUGCGAAAAUUCUUGAUUUUUUUCGUAAUCAUGCAAACUCAUCAUACUCUUGAGAUUUAUCAGUAUAAUGAAAUAACUGAAAACGGUCUGUUUGCAUCGGAAAACUACAUAUUUUUACGUCCUCGUCUUUCGGUACGAACCGGCCUGCCUAUCACGACGCGAGAAGUAAGGUAGAACGUUCUAAAUUCACGAGUUUUAUAUGUCAAGGUUAGGGUGAAGGACGACUUUUACAUUGUUUAUAUUACUUUGGAGAACAUGGAGAACUCAAUAAUAAAAUAACUCAUUUACAUAUGGAGAACUCAUUUACAUAAAAUGCGUUGACAGCCAUUUUUUUGUUGUUUAAUAAAUGUAAAGAAAAUUUAUUAAAAGAAAGCCUUACAAAGACGUGCAUAACUAACUUAUACAAAAUGAGAAAAAAAUGUUUACAUAAAAUUACCCCUUUUGAGUCAAAUUAUGCUAAACCAUCACGUGAUUGGAACCCAAGAAUAGUCUUGCCUUCGUGUAGUCUCGUGACUAGUCGGCAAAAAUAUUUGGAUAGGAAGAGAAAAAAUAUUUGACACCGACUAAAAAUUAAGAAUGGUAGCUAAAAUGUGGAGAAUGUACAAAGGAAAAAUGAAACGAACCUGCCAACAAUCUUGGGGAAAAUAUUAAUUAGUGGUUGUAUGACUUUAUUUUGGCCGUCGUUGUCGUGUUGCCGGCCUGCACGACUGCAUCCGGUAAGGUUUCUAUCAAUACUCUGCAGACGCCUGGGUACGAUUUAUUACGUCAAUUUCAACAUGUGCAGAAAAAUGCGGUCUUAUUAAUUUACAAAAAAUACCCGGAAGAAGGUACUCUAUCUUGCACUGCUAUCUGCUAUGGGAUUAUAUCUUAUUAUAUAUGGGAUUAGACGACUUAAAUUGCUUGUUUCCGUCACACUGGGCCAAUUCCGGAAUUGGCCUGAUUCUGCAGGUCCGCCAGGCAGUUUCGUGAAAUGCCAAAUGAUUAAAAAAACAAUUGUCUUUUAUGUUGGUGCUUGCAUGUAGUGCUCCUUCUAAGGUCGACCGCAUCAGCGUAACUUCCUUUACCGCCUUGCUUGGUUAGGUUUAGCGUUCCUCGAAACGAGCGGCUGCUUGCUUGCACAUAACAUUCAUUCCCGAGCGUUAGCCAAUCACGAUUUAGCUCUGGAAAAUCGCCACAAGCUUGGCCACACCUUGCUUCGCACAUGACCACGCAACGUGCGUUGUGAUUGGUCAAGCUUUAAAAAAUUGGGAUUGGAAUGUUUUGUGCAAGUGAGCAGCCGCUCGUUGGGAGGAACGACUACCCCAAUAAUGCAUUAGUCUUGCAACAACGACAACAACAAAUAUGUCAGCUCAAACGGGGGCCCAAAAGCGGAUGAAGGCCUUUGCCGAGAAUAUAAAUCUUAAGGCCCAUUUCCACUCAAGAAAAAUUUCUACUGACAGAAAAUUUUCCGAAAAUAUCAUUGUUAAAAGUUGGAAAUUUUUAACAAAAUUGUGUUUAUUUUUUCUGUGUUGGUGUAGUGCUAGAAUACCAAAGGUCGUACGUUCAAUUCCCACCGUGGCCAGGCAUAUUUUCAAGCUUGCCCGGUGUGGAUAUACACUCAGAGUAACAUCACAAGCAUAAAAUUUUCUUUCUGCGGAAAAUUUGCCUGAGUGGGUCUGAUAAAAUUUUAAGACGUCAUAGGGCCUCCUGGAAAGGUUUUUGCCGGGGCCUCCUGCAACCUCUCGGAGAACCUGCACACAUGAUAUCCAAAACUCAAGCAGUUUCCUUGAUAUUCACUUUUUGCAGACUAUUCAAGUCUCUUUCACGCGAACAAUUAGAAUUUACGAACGUUGAAUUUACGAGUGUUGUGAAUAACCAGGUUUCAGGCGUUCAGCAGUGAUUCAAUGUGUAAAUAAGUUAUCUAUUAAAAUCUAGAAAAAUCUAAUGAAAGUUUAUUAGCAAAUGAAGCUUUCACUAAAGACUACAAAUGGUUAGUUACAGUACUUGAGAUCGCAUGACCCAUCUUAUUUGGGUGCCAUUAUUUUAAAGUAGAAAGGCGACAUUUCAACGUGACAUUGGAACCAUAUCUAAAGUAGAAGUGAUAUUCAUGUCAACCUCCAUCAUUCACUAGUUCAUUCAUUCCUGAUUUAUAAACUGGUGGCCUGCAGGGGGAACACCCACUCAUCUAUACCUACUUUUCAACAAGAAGUCAUUAUCUCUAGUUUCUACUACAGAGUGAUGUUGUCAGUUUAAUGUAACAGCUGCGCCUUCUACGGGAGAGUAUAUCACUGCGAUAUAUCGAGCAUCAGAUACUCUAGCGAAGACCUUUCGUCUGGAAGUUUACCUACUUUCCUACGACGAGUGAUUGCUAAUGUUCCUCCUGUAGACUGAUUAGUGGGCUUAUAAGCAAGCGACGAUUUUCUCAACACGGACGUCACCCCAAAACUUUUGGCGGCAUCAUGGCGCUCGUGUAAGGAAGCAAAAAAGUUAACAAUCUUGCAUUUUGUCAGAUGUGUUGAACCAAACUGACGCACAAACACAGUUUUUUAUCCAGUCCCCUCUCGGCAAUCUGACGACUCAGACUAGUCCCAAAUCCUCUGCCUAGGGACUAGGCUGCUGAAGACUCACGACUAGUCCCAAAUCCUCUGCCUAGGGACUAGGCUGCAGACGACUCAGACUAGUCCCAAAUCCUCUGCCUAGGGACUAGGCUGCUGACGACUCAGACUAGUCCCAAAUCCUCUGCCUAGGGACUAGGCUGCUGACGACUCAGACUAGUCCCAAAUCCUCUGCCUAGGGACUAGGCUGCUGACGACUCAGACUAGUCCCAAAUCCUCUGCCUAGGGACUAGGCUGCUGACGACUCAGACUAGUCCCAAAUCCUCUGCCUAGGGACUAGGCUGCUGACGACUGUGUUGAUAAAAACGUCGCUUGUUUAAACUCAUUAUCAGCAUAAAAUUCCUGUAGAACGAGAAAAAACUUAUAGUGCAAGUAAAAGGUUUGCGAAAACGACAUACAAAGAUAAACUUGGCUGUUUCCACAGUUCUGUCAGUAAAAUAUGUACCCUAAUAAAUUAUAUAGAAUUAUAAAUGUGCAAGUAUAUCAUAUUAUCAUUGGUAAGAAACAAUGUUUCAUAAAUCUGUAAUUAUCCAACCAUGCACAUAAUACAAUAAAAUAGUCACUUUAAUAUAAAGGCCUGACGCUAAUACACUAAAUUUAUGCUGUUCAAGUACAAAAGUCAGUGUUUUAAUUAAAGCUAUUAUCUCCUUCCACACUGCAAAUUUCAUGAACAUUCAAUAUCACAUGUCAAGUCAGAGAAGGAUCGUCUUCCUGCAAAGCAAAAAAGAAAAAAUAUUGUAAUAAAAAUGCAAUACAAAUUAAAUAAUACGAUUAGUCAGUAAAUCUAACAAUCUAUAUUUAAGUGGCUAGAUAAAAUCUUAUCAUAAAUGACACUUCCACAGAGCAGUUUUAGAAAUAGGCCGUGGGCUGUUGGCCAAAAUUAUUUCGCUUCGUGGCACCCAUGUGGGAAAUACUUGGUUUGGGAUUUAUUUGAAAGGCAUAUAGAUACAUCACUAUCAAAAAAAGGUCCCAAGCAAAAAAGUUGCCCGAUCCCGAGAAAAUGGGUGAUCAAUGAUUAUCCUCUAUUAAAUUGUAUUACAGCACAAAAAUGGGAAAUUCUGUAUUCACCUACAAUAAAAAUGACUUGCAUAAUCGGACAACGUACAAAAAACCGCAUAUCCGACUUUUAAACAGUUUUUUGAUUCUUCAAAUAGUCUUUGAGUUAUUGCUGUUUUAAAUGUGAAAAUUGGACCAAAAUGUCGCAAUAAGGACUGGGUACUAGGUCAAAAACGCGUUUUUGACAGCGUAUAACUCGAAAACAAUUUUAGAUAUAAAAAAACUGUUUAAAUGUCUUAUAUGUAGGUUUUUGUAAGCUUUCUGAUAAAUGCAAGUCAUUUUUGUUGUAAUUGAAUACAAAAUUUUACAUUUUCUUGCUGUAAUACAAUUUAAUAGAGGAUAAUCACUGAUCACCCAUUUUCUCGGUGUUGGGCAAGUUUUUUUGCUUGGGAACUUUUUGUGGUAAUUAAGCAUCUAUGGUUCUAUGAAUUGAACCACAGAAAAUCUAUUUCCCAGGAGGGUGCCACGAAAUUGCUUUUCUAGGCACUUUUUCGCACAACAGCCCACGGCCUAAAACUCACCUUUGCGUGUUUCGCAAAUCGUUGUGAGAAUAUGUGUCUAUAUGGAGCAACGGGUCUUCUCUAAACAACAUAAAGUAGAAUUAUUUAACAAUUAUUGAAUGAGGUUGAGCAGAACAUGAAUGUCUGAACGAUCAAUUAUAAUUUUUCAUAUCAUGCGAAAACCUAAUUCAAAAAUUGUUUUAUUACGCCAUUUGUUUUGCGGCACAUUUGCCCACUCUUUCGGCGGUCGUAAUUGGCAUGACGUCAUAGCGUUUAGUAAUAUUUUUUAUAUCAAUGUUAUGACGUCACUCCGUUGAAUAUUAUGUAAAAAUGUUAUACUUGGCAGCCAUCGAGUUGAUAUAUUAAAAGUUGGUUGUUAGCAAUCAGAAAUCAUGAAUUAUUUUAGAUAAAUAAUAAUUAAGAAUUAUCGAGAAUUAUUCUGAGCGAGGUCACCAAUAAAGAGCUACAAAGACAGCAGUAAAUAUAUUCAACCAGUACUAUCUUGAACAAAAAAGAUAAGCGAAUUUCAAGAGAAGAGCCCUGAUAUAUGUGUAUAAUAACACAAUUAUUAAAUUCGGUUUUUGCGUGAUACCGAGAAUUAUUAAGCCGUCGGUUGGUGCUAUCUGCCUCGGUCUAUGGCUGGAGCAGAUAAGACAUCCUUGGCCUUCAUAAUUCUCAUUUCACCUUUUGCUUUGUUUUCUGUAAUAUUUACUUCAAUAUUAUUGUGUUUGUUUAAAACCACUCACUAAUAUUUAAUGCUGUGAUUUUAUAUAAUGCUGUGAUUUUGUAAAUCAGUUUAUAACUUAUACUGAUCACAAUACCAUUUUAUAAUAUUUUCUCUAUCUAAACAACUGAAAUUCUGUUAUACUAAAUAUUAUUGCCAUAAUUUUCGGAAUGGCCAACCCGAUUUUCCGAAUAUGUUAAUUUUACAAAAGUUGGGGGUGGGGUUUUACCCCCCCCCCUCGCUACGGCCCUGCACUGAUCUUUGGACAUAAGUCAACAUAAGGUAUAUACCAGCCUCGUACCCAGACUCUUUCGUAAUUAAUAGCGUUCAGAGCUCUGGGUGAGCAACUAGGCGCACGGGGAUUUUUCCCCGCGCGCCUAGUUGCUCACCCAGAGCUCUGAACGCUAUUAAUUACGAAAGAGCCUGGGUACGAGGCUGGGUAUAUACUGUCUGGGUAUAUACUGCAAUGUUUUUACUCAUUUUUAUUGGCGAUAACAAGACAAAAUGUUCCCUGCUGGCAGAGGUUUCUAUUUAUGCUGGGAAGCAAAGGAGAAGAGACCUCUGCCUAGAUCUGAUACGUUUUCUGUCGUGCAUGUGCAAAAAUUGCCAUGACAACGAGUGAUGUUCACCACAUGAUAUCAAAUCGGUUUUUGCGGGAGCAACUUGCUAACUUACCGUAGUUUGAAGGCAAACAAAUGUAUCUCGGCCCAAUAAAACAGAAAAGAUUGCUUUCUUUUGUUCUUCUGUCACUGCUUUCACAGUUUCAUCUUUGAAAAUAUCAAUUACAUAACUUAGAGCACUUUCAAACAACAUGAAAAACCUCAAAAUGACCAUGUUGUGCAAGCCGCCAUUUUGACAGUUGCGAGCUCAAUGUCAUUACAGCAUAAUUCAGCUCUGAGCAUGCGUACUAUUUGUUUAUCUAAACCGGUUUCAGAACUUGUUUUACAAACUGGUUUGACUCGUCCAUGAUCAUGGACUGAGGAAGUGUCAGAUCUAGGCAGAGGUCUCUUCUCCUUUGCUUUCCUACACAAAAUGGUGACCUCUGUCAGCAGGAAAGACAAAAUGCAAACUGUAGCUUACUACUGCACAAGGUUAAUUGGGAUGUUUUGCUAAAAUAAAAACCGGAAAACUAUCGAAUUCUAAACCGGUAAAACUGUUUUUCCCUUCGAAUUUUGCUUAAACCAAAUGAAGAGGAAUUGUGGACUUUGUGGCGUCAGCAGUAAUUUUUUACCUAGGAAUUACCGAAUCAUACACACCAAAUUGCAAAUUGUGUAAAUGUAUUUGUACCUUAUAUAUUGAGUUGUAUUGCGCCCUGCUGCGCCCCACUUUAUUAUUUUACUCUGUCUAACGCCAGAUGAUUUUACUCAUCAAGUGGAGAGCACUGGUGCUUAUAGUGAGUUAAACAUGAUUUCAUUCUUGAACUGAAAGAAUUAAGUCAAGAAAUGCAAUUUGAAAACUUCAAUACCGCUUAAUGUUAUAAUUUGACUGCAAAUAAUUAUCAACAAAGUUCUGCAUAAAUCAUUGCAAACGAACAUUCACCAAAAACGAACCAAAACUUUAAUAACUAUACAACUUGUCAAAAAAGUUAGAAACCUCAGAAAUGUUUUGAAAAAUUCACAGGUUUUUAGCCAAUUACAAAACAUUUCAGUAGCGACCGUUUGGCUGUAAAAUGUGUUACCAGCGACACUGAAAAGUCGUUCCGAUGUGAAGCAGAGGCGCCAGAAACCUUUUUUGAUUGCAGCCCAAUGUUGGCGUUUACAGGAGCUGUGACUAUUUGUGUGUGGUGUGAUUGGUUUUCCACUAUGGGCCAGGGUGGAAGUUUGUGGGUUGCGUCGAAGAUCUUCGGCGUGGAAAAUUCAUAAAUUUGCUCCAUUUUGGCACAGAAUUAUGCCAUUUAUGGGAAAAUGAACUGGUGUGGUGCACUGGCAUACAAAAAUUUAUUUACUUGUGCACACUACAAUGUUCUCGACCAUUUAUGUCUGCAUUUCAGCCAUUUAAUAAAGGGAAUUUGAUUGAGCACUGACUGACCGUAUAUCAAAUGUUUAGUAUCUGUUCUGUCUCACUAAAAAAAUGUUGACAUUGCAACUCGGCGGUGCAUGUGAAUAUGCUUAAACAGGAUCUGUGCGGCCACUGGCACAUACUGGUUACUGAAGCUUGAUCAAAUCUUUGGCACACAAAAAACAAACUUUCCACCCUGGACUACGGGUGCUGUGGAGACGCAUGCAGGCAAUAUUUUAAUAAUUUUAUAUUAAGCUACAGUUAGUGAUAAGUUGUUUCUUGCGGUAAUCUUGCUACUACUGUAGUUAUAUUACCUCUAACUGCCAUGAUAACCAGCAUAUUGGUACACAAGCUGCAAAAAUCAUUCCAAACCCGAUGGCAGUAUUUCUUCUCCAGUUCCUUGGUUCACACCACCAUCCCCCAGAAGGAGACCAGACAUAUUUGGGGUAAUCAAAGCGUUUCCCUCCACCCUUAACAAAAAUGUGUAUCAGGAUCAUCUAAACAUAUUAUAUCUAUUAUAAUAUAACUUAGAAUCUUACCAUUUACAUGAAAUUUUCUGAGUUUUUUAAAUAAAAAAAGACCAAAUACAGCUAAGAAAAUAUACAAAUAUCAGUCAACUUUGUGACCAGGCCUGACCCAGGCUUUGAAUAUUUAAAACGGAAAUGUGUUUUCAAAGCACGUUUUAUAUUCGUGGAACAUCGGACAUGUCCGUUUUAUGUCGUUUAAGUUCGUUCCCGACAAUCAAAUUGACAAGUAUCAUAUUGUUGAUCAGUGUUUCAAAAUGGCGGAAACAGCGGAGGUAAAGUUAUGAAUGGUAGAAUAGAUUUUAUAAUAAUUAAAGACACUUAUUUUUUACAUUUUUUUACAAAAACGUGCAAAAAUAAUCGUGUGAUUUUUUAAAACAAUAUCUGUUAAAAUCUAAGCGAUUGUAAGAGUUUUAUUUUAUUACAAUUUUGUUGAUUAGCUAGCUUUGCAUAUUGGUAUUUUUGUUUGACCGCUUGCCAAAGGGGGAAAAUUUUUUCGAUCUGCUGAAUUUUACUUUUAUGUAUUUUUUUAUUUAGUCAUCUAAGGAAGGCAGCAUCGAUAACGCAGGUAAGUGGAAUAUUAUCUCCUAAAUAAACGACAACUGCAGAUUUUAUUUUUAAAUUUGUUACGAUUUAAAAUUUCGUGUAUAGUUGCCAUGAGCGAACGUGACUUUGAACCGGCAGGGGGACAAGACAUUGACGACGAAGCUACGAUCGAUGAAGAAGAGACACUGGAAGCAGGGGAAGGAUUUAAUGAUGAUGAGCUUGACGAUUUACAAAAGGUACGCUUUAAAAUUUCGCCUUUUUUCGCCUUCCGUGAUUACGUGUAAAAAUGUUUAAACAUUUGAUAUAAAUGGUUCGAAAUUAUGGCGGCACCAUUUUUACAUCGUGCGCACGGAACGCAAUUUCAUUCACGAUUUACUAGCAGAUUGAAACUUGAGAUAUAACACAGGGUAAAGUUCGAAUUAUUUGGGUGGGUUUGAAAAUUUUAUCGAAAAUAAAUCUGACAUUCUGUGAUAAAUAUUUUAAUGUCUAAGUUUCCUAACAUUUGACAGCUGGUCAAUUUGACAAGUACGUACGGUACAUCAAUAUACCCAGAGUAUUUAUAAAUGGAAAAUUUCAGCAUUAUUUAUCUGUUCUGUAAAUAUAUUUCUGAUUUCAUGAAAGGUGUUUUGUAAACCAAAAUUUGAGCCUAUAAAUACCUAACAUCAGUACAUGACAUAUAUUAUAAACAAAUAGUGAAAUAGGUGCCUUGAAAUGGUGAUACUAAUUUAAUAGUUUAUGUUGAUUGGAACUACACUCCUAGCUGUGAUGAAGGGUUGUAUGUGAUAAUGCAACAUGAUUAUUAAUUAACUAGCAGUUAAUAUUCCAAGGGGGAAAUGCUGCUGUGUGGCCAUAUAAAUUGUUAUCUCCCAGAUCAUAAAAUGGUUUUUAAUGCAUAUAAAACGUUUUUAUUUAACUUCCUCAUAGAUUUUUAUUUCCUGGUUAAGUAAUGCAAAUUCUUUCCACACAAAGAAAUUGUCGAGCAAUUCUCAGAGUUGACAUCUCAAAUCUUCUUCAUCAGCUCAAAUAAUUUUAUUCUACCGAAAAUAUGAAAGUCCAAACAUGAUGGAAUUUUCAGUAUAGACUUAUUUGAGCAUGAAGAUUUCAAUUCUGGGCUCCAUUUUUUCCAAACAUGAAGAUGGAAUUCUCAAACACGUUUGGUCAAAAUUUUAUUAUUAUCAAUAUUUUCAAAACGACCAGAAAUUAACAUCUCUUGUGUGCAGAACAGAUGAAUAAGUCUGAUCUGAAAAAUGGCAAAAAUACAUUCAGACCUCGAGUACCUUAAUAGGAGCAGAUCGAAUUUGACAGGUGUCAAUUUUCUAGGCUUCACACACAAUGGCCGCACACCUUUUAGACUCCAAUGACCAUUUACCCAAAAAUGAUUGCAAUGAACUAGUCUUAAAUGUAGAAAGUUGGUUGUUGAAGUUGUUGUGGGUUUGAGCGAAAAUUUAUAUACAAUAAUAAUAAUAAAGUUUAUUUAAAGAAGGUACAAUACUCAAAAGAAACCAGUUUAGCAGAUCUAAUCUUACACUGGGCUUUUCAUAUUGGCUACGUAUUAACAAAUUAAAAUUGUACAUUAAUUAAACUUGUGCAUAAAUAUAUAAUACAAAUUCAAAGAACUACAUUAUAAUUAUAUCUAAAAAGUGCUUAUAAGCUCUUAUUUUAAAAGUAUUAAGUGUUGUUGAUUGUCUUAUCUCAAGUGGUAAACUAUUGUAUAAAGUUGCAUCUGUGUAUGGUAAAGCCUUUUGUCUAAUUGUUAGUUUAGUCUGCAGUAUCCACAUGCAUUGCUCACAGAGCUUCUAUAGUAACUUGUUUAGUCACUGACAACUUUAAUAUAAACAUAUCACAUACAUAUCUGGGUACCAAAUUGUUCAAAGAUUUAUAUACCAUUAUUGCCAUUCUUUGCAAGAUUAUUUACUAGUUAGGUAGUACUCUAGCAGUUAUAAAUAGUAGUCCAGAAGAUAUUAGUUUCGGUUUGUCAUAGAUAAUCCUCAGAGUUAACUUUUGCAGUUUAUGUAUACGAAUAAUAAUAUAACUUGAUUGUCCCCAAACUAUACAAUACUAGCCAAUGUGAGGUUGCAGAAAACAUUUGUAAUAAAUUAUCUGUGGUUAAUGGGCAAAUAGUUGAUCUGUCUUGGAAGAUGUAUUUGACUAUUUCUUUAAUAAGAGACCUAGCUACUUUGUCAAUAUAUUGCUUCCAAGAUAAAUGCUUAUUGAUAACAACUCCAUGUAAUUUCUGAUUAUCAGUAUUUUCCAGUUGAUUAUCAGUAUUUUCCAGUAAAUUCUACAUGUAGGUCUGAGUUUAAUGUGGUUGCACAUUGAUAAGUUGAUAUGGUCAUUGCUUUUGUUUUAGUAUGAUUGAUCACCAUAUUGUUAUUGGCACACCACUUAUGAACAUUUGCCAUAUCCUCAGUUAACUUGACAUUGAGUUCCUCAGCACUAGUAUGAAUUGUUGAAUCAUCAGCAUACAUAUUUGUGCCAGAGGUGGCAGAUCAUUGAGAAAUGUUAGAGUAUGAAUAAUCAAUUUCUUGGGGGACAGGUUAGAUUUCUUAGAUGAUAAAGUUCCUCUGUACACAUUGAUUCCUUUCCUGUAAGUAGUAGUCGUACAGUACAACUUAAACUAGGCUAAUGUCAGAUCCUCACAUUGGAAACUGCAAGUUUUCGUAGUAACAAUUCUGUAUCAACCAUGUCAAACGCUUUACGAAGAUCAAUAGAUACCACUCCAUUUAAAAGGCUGUUCGUUCUCCAUAUUGGAUGUCCACAUAUUCACAAGCUUGCAUCGAGGCUUGCAUAACGUGGUGGCAGACAUAUAGUGGCAGAUCAUUGAGAAAUGUUACAGUAUGAAUAAUCAAUUUCUUGGGGGACAGGUUAGAUUUCUUAGAUGAUAAAGUUCCUCUGUACACAUUGAUUCCUUUCCUGUAAGUAGUAAUCGUACAGUACAACUUAAACUAGGCUAAUGUCAGAUCCUCACAUUGGAAACUGCAAGUUUUCGUAGUAACAAUUCUGUAUCAACCAUGUCAAACGCUUUACGAAGAUCAAUAGAUACCACUCCAUUUAAAAGGCUGUUCGUUCUCCAUAUUGGAUGUCCACAUAUUCACAAGCUUGCAUCGAGGCUUGCAUAACGUGGUGGCAGACAUAUAGUGGCAGAUCAUUGAGAAAUGUUACAGUAUGAAUAAUCAAUUUCUUGGGGGACAGGUUAGAUUUCUUAGAUGAUAAAGUUCCUCUGUACACAUUGAUUCCUUUCCUGUAAGUAGUAAUCGUACAGUACAACUUAAACUAGGCUAAUGUCAGAUCCUCACAUUGGAAACUGCAAGUUUUCGUAGUAACAAUUCUGUAUCAACCAUGUCAAACGCUUUACGAAGAUCAAUAGAUACCACUCCAUUUAAAAGGCUGUUCGUUCUCCAUAUUGGAUGUCCACAUAUUCACAAGCUUGCAUCGAGGCUUGCAUAACGUGGUGGCAGACAUAUAGUGGCAGAUCAUUGAGAAAUGUUACAGUAUGAAUAAUCAAUUUCUUGGGGGACAGGUUAGAUUUCUUAGAUGAUAAAGUUCCUCUGUACACAUUGAUUCCUUUCCUGUAAGUAGUAAUCGUACAGUACAACUUAAACUAGGCUAAUGUCAGAUCCUCACAUUGGAAACUGCAAGUUUUCGUAGUAACAAUUCUGUAUCAACCAUGUCAAACGCUUUACGAAGAUCAAUAGAUACCACUCCAUUUAAAAGGCUGUUCGUUCUCCAUAUUGGAUGUCCAGAUAUUCACAAGCUUGCAUCGAGGCUUGCAUAACGCCGUUUCACAUGAAUGAAUUCUCCCAAAACCAGACUGACUGAUGUAAUAGAUUAUGAUUCACGAGAAACUGAUAAAAAUGAACAUGACGCUCGAGCAGUUCACUGACCAACGCUAAGCCUAAGUAUGGCUGUGGGUCUGUAGCUAUUGACAUCAGACUGAACACCAGAUUUAUAAACUGGGAUGAUUUUUGAUGUUUUCCAUUUUGUUGGAAAUAUUCCAGAUGUUAAACUUUUGUUAAACACAUUGCCAUUGGUCAACGAUGGAGCUAUUUGACUGGCUGACAUCUUUAGAAUUUUGUGACUUCGGGUUUCUAGGAUAAUUUGCAUAGUGGCGAGAAAAGUGUGAAGCAAUCACAUGAUUGGACUUCGCCCAAAUGCUGUGCGAAUAUAGGAAUAGGAAUAUAGGAGCCGUCAAGUCCGGUUGUUUCGCGGGUGUCCAAGUUACGUAAAUAGUUGCAAACCUCUUCUUUGGUUAGUAGCGGAAUACUAAAGAUUACAUCAUUGUUAAUAUUAGAGUUGAUCCCCGCCAAUCUACCUUAGCCACUCGAACAUUAUUGAUUCGCAAUAUACUGUUUAACAAUUAUUCGCCGAAGGCGAAGUGAUUACCGGUGAAUAUUCACCGUAAUCACUGAGCCUGAGGCGAAUAAUUGUUUUAGUAUAAAUUUUUAAAUAAAUGAAUUAAACAAAAUAUGCAAAUAUCAGUUCAAUUAAAAUUCAGAAAUAAAACUGUUUUUCGCCUGUUCACUAAUAGUAUUGCAGUGUUUCUUGUACGCACACGCUUUCAAAAUGGCUUCUUGUGUGACUUUAUAUUGCUUUAUUACAAAGUUGUUUUUCUCGAUUUCUGCUUGGAAUAUAAAGGCUUCCAUAGGACAAACUAGCCUCCUCCAAUACAAACGUUAACCGAGAAUAACUUGUCAAAAAAUAUGUCACACACUGCGAACUAAUUGCUACUGUUUUAUAAUGGGUCAGUCAAGAAAAGAUCCACACUCCCCCCAUGGAGGAAAUGUCUGCCGUCCAGAGAGGGAGGGAAGAAACAUUUGUGUAUCAGGCCGUCUGAAGGGGGUAGGGGGAUUAAUUUCCAAUCCAUCCGUGGGGGAGCUAUGGAUGUUUUCUGGAAUAACCAAAUGGUGCAAAUCAUGAAAGGAUGAAGUUAUUAACGAAGCUGCCACGAAGUUGGCAGACAUGCACAAAGAAUGCAAACAAAAGAAUCCAGCAAACAUGUUGUCCUGUCAUAGGUGGGGAAUACAUAUAGAUAGAAACUAGUCACAUGACUAGUCCAAGCUACCACACAUAACAAUGAACAGACAGUUACAAGCUGUGAUCCUUCAGCUACUGACUAUGUGGUUCGACAUGGUGUGAUAUUAUACUGGUCCUAUACCGACUCAGAAUGCUGAGAUACGCGAGUUUGACAUGUAUAACAUGUCAAACAAAAAUAAAUACAGAUAAACACCAUUCUUCGUUACUUGAUUGAAUCGGGGGGAAACGUAGUAGUACUGUGGCCAAGACAUAUGUGACCAUGUGAAAAAAGUGACCAUGCCUAAAUAUAGGCAAACCCGUUCCAAAGUUAGAAAUUUCAAAAGAUUUAAUGAAACUGAUUUUAUUGAGGAACUGUCCAGAAUACCUUGGUAUUUAGCUACACAGUAUAUGAACCCGAACGAUAAUUGGCAUGUCUGGAAGUCUUUUUUUUUGGAAGCUCUUGACAGACGUGCACCCUUAAUUUAUAAAAGCAUUAAGCACAAUUCUGUUCCCUGGAUAAAUCCCAACAUUAAAAAGUAAUAAGAUCCAGAGACUAUCAUAAAAAGAGAGCAAAGAAAUAUAAUUCCCAGGUUCACUGCAUGGGAUAAAUAUAAAUCGGAGAGAAAUAAAGUUAACUCGGAAAUGAAAAUGGCCAAAACUGUCUAUUAUCAAACAAGAAUUAAGGAAUUUUCCCUAGCUAAAGACAUGAAAAAAAAACAUGGUCACUGAUAAACACCCUAUUGGGCAAAGGUGGGAAAUCAUCUAAUAUUGCAGAAAUUAAUAUUAAUGGAUAAUAUAUAAUGAUCGCAAACAAAUAGCUGAACACUUAAACGACUAUUUUGUUAAUAUUGGCCCAACACUCGCUGCUGAAUGUGAACGUCUUUCGGAUUAUGAAGACUUGCAUUGUAAUUCAACUGGUGUAAAUUCAAAAUUCUAUUUCCAUACAAUUACUGAAUCCAAUAUUCUAAAAAACCUGAAAAAUCUAAAAGUAUCCAAGGCUACCGGGGCUGAUGGAAUACCAGCCAAAAUGCUGAAAUUAUCUCGCGAUAUUAUUGCCCCAUCCUUGACCUAUAUAUUUAAUCUCUCAAUUUCUACUGGGAUGUAUGUUGAUGAUUGGAAAAGAGCUAGGGUAAUACCUGUUUAUAAAACAGAAGAUAGAACGAAAUGUGAAAACUAUCGCCCGAUAUCUAUUCUUCCCAUUAUCAGCAAAUUAUUUGAGAAAGAAGUACUUGGACAGCUCUAUCAAUAUCUGAUAGACAAUUCUCUGCUUUCACGUUUUCAAUCGGGCUUCCGGCCCAAACAUUCGACACUGUCCUUAUUAAUAGAAAUGAGUGACAAUUGGUUUGAAAAUAUGGAUAAUGGAGAAAUAACCGGAUUAAUUUCAGUUGAUAUUAGGAAAGCCUUUGACUCUAUUGAUCAUAAAAUCCUAUUAAGGAAGAUGCAAGACCAGUUUGGUGUUCAAGAUUUUGAGCUAAAAUGGUUCCAAUCCUAUUUGACGAAACGAAGCCAAGUUUGUGUUGUCGAUGGUCACACAUCGUUGGCUAAGGAAAUUGUAUGCGGAGUUCCACAGGGAUCUAUCUUUGGACCCCUCAUGUUUUUACUAUAUAUAAAUGAUUUGCCAGAAUGUCUGAAAAACACAACUCCUGGCAUGUAUGCUGACGAUACUCAAAUAUAUGCAUCUUCCGCAAGUUUCUCCGAACUAGUAACCAAACUUAAUGUUUAUAGGAUCACCCUAUAACUUAAAAAACAAAGUUGGUAAUAAACAGGUUAUGAUAAAUGAUAAACCGGUUACUCGAUAUUCCUCUUUUCCAUGUCUGGGAGUAGAACUAGAUGAAAGAAUGAGCUGGGAAAACCAUAUAGACACAAUAUGUAGGAAAGUUGGCUCUGGUAUACUGGAAUCAUCAAAAGAUCAUCCCAUAUUUUGACUAUUGUUCAUCUUUAUGGGAUAAUUGUGGAAGCAUGCUCAAAGAGAAAUUACAAAAACUACAAAAUAGGGCGGAAAGAAUUAUGACAGGUGCCAAUUAUGAUGUCAGGUCGACAGAUUUGCUCCAUGCUAUGUCAUGGAAAAAUCUGAACGACAGACAUAAAAUGAAUAAAUCGGUCCUGAUGUGUAAAAUAUUAAACAACCACUCAGCUCCGAACUUAAAGGAUAAAUUUAUAACAAGGCACAUUAGCCUAAUUAUAAUCUCAGAAAUGCUGAUAUAAAUCUUUCAGUUCCUAAACCACGUACUGAAUAUUUAAAAAAGAGUUUUGGAUAUAGCGGGACUGUUCUAUGGAAUAGUUUACCUACGCAGGCAAAGCAAACAGAAUCUUUAAGUAGCUUCAAAAAUUUGAUAAAAUAAUGUGUGCAACCGAGUCAGGCAUCGAAUAGUCUUGGGGUUUUUUUUAACUUUUUUAUCUACGUAUUUGUUAUUCUGUGUUAUUCUAUUUCAUAUUUAAUUUAUAUUAGUUUUUAGAAUGUAAUUUGUGUGACGCCCCUCAUGAAAAUCAUCCAUAUGGGUGAUGAGGGAAGCGUGGUUAAAUAAAGUUCUACUCUAUGUGGCCAAGACAUGUGAUCAAAAACGCAGUAAUACCGUAAGGCAUACAUGAUGAUACAAGAACUGUAAGAUGAAGAUCUCUACUGUGCCUAGGGUUAUUUGCUGAUGUUGCAACUAUUGCAGCAUACAGUAUGUCGUUCAUGAGAGAAUAUUCUAUACCAACUGCUGUUUACUAUGUUUGUCUUUACUAUGAGUAUGAGCAUAUCAUAAACUUCACCUCUGGGAAGUUUCAGCAAAUUCUCAUUUCCAGAACAAUUACUGAUGAAUCACCUUAAAGAGAUUAUUUCCAUUGCUCCUAUACUUACGUUUGACAUCAGACGAUGGAGUAUACCUGUAGUGCAGUUAAGCUGUCAGUAGCUAUAUAGUCACAAAUAUAUACCAUCGAUGCAUCCUCUCAUGUACUGUUAGACUGGUGUCGUGGUUACCACGCUUGCUUUAGAAGCUGGGAGACCCAGGUUCAAUCCUUGAUCCUACUCCAGAUCUUAAAAUAAUUGAGGAGAAAGAGCUACCUUUACAUUGACACCAGUAAAUGGUUAGACUUUCGUGUCUUCUCGGAUAAGGACGUAAAAUCGUAGGUAUCUCGGAUCCCCAAUCAAUUGGGAAAUCCGCUCACCAAUGAGUGAGAAACUCAAUAAAAAAUUAGACCGUGUAAUUUCGUCCAAUCAUAGUCUAACUUGCAGUUAUUGCCAGUGCUGUGUGAAGAUACCUUGAUGAUCGAGAUAGUACAGUUUUCUGUUCUGGGUAUAGCGUUCAGUUAUGCGAGCUCUUCUAUGAAGCUCCUCCGCCCCACGCCCUCGCCGUUCCUGAAGCUGCUGGUAUCUCGUCUACGAAACAUAGACAUUGACGUUAACGUCUGCAGGGUAGUCAUGCUGCUGCAACAAGACGACAGAACACGAUCGCCGUGCUAGUAAUGGUCUCUCGCCUGUGGCUGCAUAUAAAGUCAAUGUAAUUAUAAACCUCCUAAUACGGACCUUUGGAUUUGAAUACUGCAGGUACUCGUACCUAAAGCUCUGUAAUAAUAAUAUUGAAGUGGUUACAUACAGCCAUCCUUGAAUCUAUGAUGUAUAUCACCAUACCGGUAUUGUAACUUUACUAUUCUUACCACUUCCGAUUAGGGCAAGUUAGACAUGAAAAUUGGUUGCCCAGAAUAAAAUCCAUCAGGUCUAGUUUUGCCCUCACAUAUUAGAAAAAUUUGAUUAAUCACCAUUCUAUUAAUUUAAUCCUGCAUGAUGAUAAGAGACUGUUACGAGAUAUAACUGCUCGUGGUCAGGUCUAAUAAAUGUAUAAAAUUCACACUCGAAAUUUCCAUCUACAGUACAGAGCCCUGCAUGCAGGUAUAGAGCCCUUCUGCAGUUGGCUAGAUCGAGUGUGGAUGCCCAAAAUCUGAUAAGAGAUUCAAUUCCUAUAUUCGCAGAGCAUUUGGGCAGAAUCCAAUCAUGCGAUUGCUUUACACUUUUCCCGCUACUAUACGGUAUUAGUAUAAACCUACUAGUAGGCUAUCACAUAUCGUGGCUUCUGAUUGGCUACGCUACUAGUAGGCUAUUAGUGAUAGCCUUACUAAUAGAAAAUUUAAAAUGGCGGAAAAUUCGCGUUUUGCACUUUUGCCGAAGUGUCUGAUGAUUUUUUGGACGACUUGUUGAACAAUUCUGUACUAACAAAACCCGAAAAAGCAACAAAAAUAUGGAAUGGCAAUUUUUAAGGGUAAGAAAAUAGACAAAAUAACAUACACUCAAUAAAAUUUUAAAAUUAAAACUGAAUUUUGUAAAACAUUUUACGCGAACAAAAACUAAAAUAUUUGUUUACCUUUAAUGGUUUUAUAAUGUUUUUUUUUGUGUUUGCAGCCUAGUUGUAAAUUAAUGUUAAAGUUUAUACUAAAACAAUUAGACAACUCGGCCUCGUUGUCUAUGAGCAAAUAGUCAACUCUGCUUCGCCUCGUUGACUAUUCGCUGAUAGACAACUCGGCCUCGUUGUCUAAUUGUUAAUUAUUCUGGCACGAGCGUAAGAAACCCGACAUUGUCACAAUUUAUGAAGUUUUAGGUUCUGUCAUAACAGAGUAUAGAAUUUCAGAAUGUCAACUUGUAUAUCUAGAAAACAAUGGCGCAGAAUCAAGUUAUUUGAUUGCUUUGAUAUUCGACUUGUUUUACACUCCGUGUGAAGUACUCUCACUCUCUUAUGAAUAUUUCACUCUCAAGCACAAUAUCAUUAUGGUGGCACAAUCCUAGAAAAAUCGAAAUUAUCAAAAUUUAUUCAAGUAACAAUUUAAUACGUGACUGUAAAUAUUGUACACUAGAUAAUUACAACGAUUGAAAGCAAUCAAGUCAGAAAGCAUUUGCACAAAAUCGAAUCAUACGAUUUCCUUGAAAUGCGAGUGUAUUGUACAGAGUUUACGCUCUUCCAAAAUGAUAUACAGUAUUGUCAGAUUGUGAGUAAUAAAGAAUGACUUUGUACCGAUCGGCGAUUGCUCUAUACGCGAAACUCCAGGGGUUUGAAUCUGUAUGACCCUGUGGUAUGACAUAUGUCAAACCUACGCAAACCAUCAUUUGACACUUUACUGUAUUUGAACUCCUCAUUGCACGCACACAACCUUUGUGGGUCGUAUUACAUUGCAAAUUUGCAGACAUGAGUAUGUAUAUCAUUUACACAAUACAUACAAUACAACAUCUAAUAUUCGACUCUAACUGUUAUCGUUGCAUUGAAAUCAAAUAGAUAUGGUAAGUGCACAAGUUCGACGUUUAAAAGUAAAGUGUACAUUUUAAUGCGCCGUCGGAAUUGUUUGAAAAAAUCGUUUUUCUACUCAGGUAUUUACUAGAAAGAAAACAGCACAAUUAAAUUUUGAGACUGUUAUUGAGAUGAUGCUGCCGUGUACUGGAUAUCCUCAUGAAGGAUGGAGAAAAGAGGGCGGUUAUUGGGGACAAUUGUUAAAAAAAUGCAAGCUGGGAAAUUCAAAGUCACAUAGGAAACAGCUGUACACGGCUUGGAGACGCAACAUGAACAACUUUCGAGACAGGUUCUUUGAUAGAGUGAAAAUUCGCAUUGAGAAUGAGGUAUAUAUGAUUAUGGUCUUCUGUUCUCGACUGCGCAUUCGAGUCGAGAUAAAAUUGCGGUUGAAUAAUGAACAGUUGAUCAUUCAUGCAGUUGAAUAAUCAACUUACCAAUCGUUGAUAUGAGUUUUGUUUCGGCCACAUUGUUUCACUACAAAGAUAUGCCAGAUGAGUUUAGAAUAAAAUAUUUUGAAUGCUUUCUGAUUUAAUAUAGAAGUUCAUUUUCUGAUAUUUUAAUGAGACGUAUUUGACAUUCGGUUUUGUCAGACUUGUGCCACCAUAUUGCUCUAUACCGUAGGAAAGAGCGUGAAAUUCUGUACAACAUCCUUGAAUAUUAAGGCACGAUUGUGUGGAAUUUGGAAAAUAAAUGCUUUGAUUCUUAAUAUAUAAGUUGAAGCGCUGUAAUUCUAUACUCUGAAAUAUUUGAACACGCGCAAGUUUGAUAUUUUCGUCGUGUUAUGGUUCAUGUCAUAUACAGUAUGAAAGUAAAUAUAUUUCUACAGUGUAUUGAACCACCGCCUGGUUCAAAUUGACUCGCAGACGUUCACGGACGUCCACGGACGGUGUGCAAUGUUCAGUAUAUCAGACCAAUUUGUCUCAUUCUUCAAUAUUUAGUCAGGGCCGUAGCGAAGAAGCUAAAGCAGGGGGGGGGGGGGCUGUAGUAUCGCAUUUGUUGACACCAUUUCAGUCGUUAAUUAAUCUUUCUUUUCCCAAAAUUGUUGGCGAGCGGGGAGUAUACAAAAUGUUCGGGACAUACCAUUUUCCACUAACUUUCGAAUUAAUGUACCGUAAUUUGUUAAAAUUUUCGAUAAUAUUUUCGUAAAUUUAUCAAAAUGUUUGCUAUAAGUAUAACUAUUACUUUUUAAUCCCAGCCACUCCAAUAUUUUCGCUGACUACAAAAACAAUUUUCCGAUAAAUCCGUUAUUUUGCCGACAAGAUGUUUUCAGUGGGAGUGUCACACCCCAUACACCCCUACGGCCCUGAAUUUAGUGUAUUCUAGGCCUGUGCCACCGAAUGAUGGUAACAAGGGCAUACAAUUCCCUAAAGCAUACUGGAGUAUUAAAACAUUCGCGCAUAACUAGAUUGUGCGCAAAUCUUUCUAUAUGGUGAAAGAAGUUCAUUCGUUGUAACCUGUAAUCGUGACUGUAAUUUAUAUAUGCUCGUAUAGUAUGGUAUAUUUUUACAGACAGUCAGUUGGUCAUACUAAAUAAUUUUGAAUAUGUCGGUUUUUCUAGACUGUCGCACCAUAGGUGUACACUACAGGUGUACACUGUGUAAAAUUCUGGACCACAUUAUGAAUGGAUACUCGCAAAUGUUUUGAUUCUUAGUGUAUCAGUUCAACGACGUAGUUCUGCAUAUAUUCUGACAUACUAAAAAACCUUCGACGUUUCCAGCUAAGACCCUUCGUCUAGAAGUUUGUAUAGUUGUUAGAUAAUAUACAGUACAACAUAUUUCAGUACGAUCCUCCACACUUCAGUUAAAUGCGCGGGCUAUAUACCCACAAAUUGUAAGACAUACAGCUAUUUCAAUUAAGGUUGUCCACGAGCAAAGCGGAAAAGUCGAAUACGAGCGCGAAAGGCUGCUGAGAAUCGCUAACAAAUUAAUGAAAUUAGUGUGUGUGUGUGUGUGUAUAUGUGUGUGUGUAUGUGUGUGUGUGUUUGUCUGUGAGCACGAUAACUCAAGAAAUACCAAACAUAUCCGUACGAAAUUUUGUGAGUGCAUUUCCCAUCGGCUAAGGAAGAACUGAUUAAAAUUUGGUUGAAUUUGGUUAAAAAUUGAAUGAGAAAUAACAAAAGUUUGUCUUGCUUUUCCCGGUCAAUUAAAUAAAACUUAUACUGAAUGCGUAAUUAGGACGUGCAUAAUAUAUGCACCAGCCAUUCAAAUUCUAAUAACAAUAGAUUACUUCAAUAUUUUGCGCGUAGGCGGAGGUAUGCAGUCUCUGAGUGCCCUCUAGUUGAUAUAUGUAAUUGGCAUAGAUAUAGUGAAUGCGCGUGGAGGUCCCUUGUUCCCCCGUGCAGGUUCAUCAAUUACCCUAAUAUUUUACGGAUAAACCCGUUUUCAGCCCUUUCUUAAAUUAAGGAUCGAUAUAAUCAAGCAAAGGCCCUUUGAAUUUGGGGAUGAACAUGAGGCUGAAUUCGCGGCUACCGUCAUACUCGUAAUCACUGAAAAUGACCAGUUGCACAUACGUCCUGUAAAUUUAGUAUAUUUAUCAUGGCACACAAGCUAACACAUACAACAUCCAUUGCUAUUUGUAAGUUAUAUCCUACACGAUACCUAUAUAUCAAAAUAGCUAUAGACAGUUGUAUCAUGAACUCAAAUUCAUUUAAUUAAGAAAGUCAAAAUAUGCAAUUCUAACUCCUAAACCCAAUUGUGCAGUUCUAAACAAAUGUGCUGCUACGAAGCUAUAAAAUCCAUCGAACAUCAAAAACCAAGAAUAAAAUCUAUCCAGCAUCAAAAAUAUAAAACGUUUCUGGGGAGGACCCCAAGACCCCCAUUCUAUUUCUCUAAAAGUCACUUACGUACAGGGACAGAGAAACAGGAGGUAAAUAUAGGUGGGGAGGAGCCUUCGCUGUCUGAAAUGCAAAUUUAUGGUUAGAUUAUGAAUGAGUGGUUAGGUUUUUGAACCGUUACGUUGUCUGACUGCAUCUUCCCCGAGACGCAGGAAAUGAAACCAAACCGUUCUUCCGCCGCCUAUGGAAAUGAAGAGUCUAUUAUAAUUAGCAACUCGUAACGUUGAAAAUCUAGUUCACGUAAAAUUCUUUGAGCCGAGCCCCAAGACUUACCAAGUGUGAAAGAAUGCUUCCUGCAGACGACUAGCAGAGUACUUUUGAGCACAAUCCAGACAGUAGUCUGCUGAGCAUGGAACGUCCGGGAUUUUUAUGCGUGUCAACCAUGAAAUGUUAGGCCCAUUGUGAGACACAUGUGUUGGUUUUUCAACAUCAAAUCUUCAUUAUUACAAAUCUUCAAUUCGACUAUGAUAUUUUUGUGUGUGUUGGUGUUAUGUACUCAGGUGAAUAUGAUGUUUGUGAUGUUACUCUGAGUGUACAUCCACACCGGGCAAGCUGGCAACUCUUCAGCUUGUCCGGAGUGGAUGCACACUCAGAGUAACAUCACAAACAUCAUAUUCGACUAUUUUUUCGCUUUUAAGCUUCGCAACGUCCCUGUUUAUGCAGUUCUAAAUUUCCCUUUAAGAAAACAUGGAAAUGUGUCCAAAAUUGGUUGUUUAUUUUUCUGCGUAGUCUAUAUCUGAAUAGUAACACUCCACAUCACGUGCUACCACCCACUCCUACAGACGUAUAGCUCCACAAUUACUGUACCAUAAAUAAUGGUAUGUACUAAUAAGGUAAAUAUUUCCUCUGUCUAUUAUAUGUCUCCUGACAAAACAAAUAUUUAUCCCCUACAGGAUGCUGAAGUACCUAUUGAAGAUUUAUUAGCUUUCUAUUAUAAUCCUGUUAAUGACCGAGGUGAUGGCCAUGUACCAUUAGAUGAUAUACAGCCAGAACCGUUACCACCAUAUGAUGACCAUACUGAAGAUAUGCAACAGAAUGGUGUAGAUAUCUCACCCACACAAUCUCCUAUACCCCAAGAUUCUCCCCGCUCUGCCUCCCCCUCACAAAGUUCCAGCGUCAACCCCCCUGAAAAUCAGAGAAUCACAAGAGGAUGUAAGUUUUACCAAAGUAUCUGGCUACAAGAUGAAGUAGACUUCAAGUCUCUUCAGUCUCGGAAACAACUGAUACAGACGUUGAGAUAGAUAUCCUGCAGAUUGGAUGUUCUACAAAAAUAUCGUGUCUUGGUUCUAAACAGCCUGAAAAAUAUAGGCAGGAAAUAAAGGCUUUUCUAUCCAAGGUCCUUCAUCACAGGAUAAUUGGUUAAUGUCAACAAUUCAGUGCAGAAUAGUUGAUACUAAAAUUAUGCAACUCGACUGAAUACUCUUUAAUAGGUACUCCUGCUAGGACAAAGUCAUCGACUUUAUCACGAAUACCGCAGCCUCCCUAGUACAAAACUAAUUCGAAAUCCAGACCCUGUACGAAACGAGAGAAAUCUCUGAUCUGACUCUAUGUAUCUUUUUCAGUUUAUAUAGAGCCUGAUUUCAAAGAGUUAAACAUUGCGAGUGCGCUGAAGAAAUGCGAUUUUGACAUACUUGUACAUAUCAAUGAUUUAGUGAAAUCAUAAUGUUAAAUAAUUGUAUUUUGCUCAAUAUUUUAACAGUGGCUGCAGCAUACCAAUAUUUUCCUGAUUCGGAUUCCUCGUCCUCUGAUGAAGAUUACGCUCCUGCUGAAGAUUGGAAGAAAGUAUGUGAUUAUUUUGCAAGAGUUGUAUCUGAUUUGGUAGCUUUCACUUUCUCAUUGGGAACAAAUACUGUAUAGUCCACGAAAUAGAGUACUUGUUAGAUUUACUAAGAAGAUAAAUGUUUACUCAAGAUUUAAUGAUCGUUUGGAUUUCUCUAAAGUUUUCUGCUGUUCUCCUCUUUUAAUAUUUUUCAUAUCUUUGAGAAUGACAGAUUCUGCAUUUUGUAAUUUGUCAAAACCUACCUUUAGUCUUGUUUCCCGAUAGUAGUAAGCAGUUUAGCCAAGUAAGGUGUUCAACCAUGCGUACGCUUCAAAUGCAACUGGUAAACAAUUAAAACAUUUUUUUUAGGAAAUUCAUAUCGGACCUGAACAUCAAGCUGAAGUUCCUGAAACAACUUGUCCUGACACAGAUGAAGGUAAUUUUGGAAUAUUCUGUCCUGUGCUAUGCUGUAUUGUGUUGUACUAUGCUGUAUCGUGUUGUACUAUGCUAUGUUGUAUAAUUGUACUAUGCUAUGUUGUAUUGUACUAUUCUAUGCUGUAUCGUAUUGUACUGUGCUAUGUUGUACAGGGUGUCUAAAAAAAGGAAACCUUUAGAAAGUAUCCUAUUGUUAUAAUUUGAAUGCCUGACCACUAUGCUGAACACAAGGAUACGUAAAAUAUUGACAGGGUGCAUAUUUAUCAUUUAUAGACCUGGAACAAGAGGGAUUCGGUGAAAUAUUACCCGAAGUGAAGAUAUUUCCCGAGGGACAUUGCCCCGAGGGAAAUAUCAUCACUUCGGGUAAUAUUUCGCCGAAUACCCCGAACGGAGGGUCUAUAAAUGAUAUAUUAUACCGAAAGUUAAAAGAAUAUAUAAAACUUGUUUUAUUUUUUUAUUAACGCAAGUAUUUGACGCUUUUGUUUCGAAUCACAUAUAAUCGUUUGGAAUAUUGAUGAUAACAUUUUUUCAAAAUUUGCUUCAUAAUUAAAAAAAUAGCUUUCUUUGAAGUUUGAAAACUCAAUAAUUCAUCACUCCUUUAUAGUAUAUUUUGUCGGCCAUCUUGUUUGCGUGAUCGCCGCGUGUGGUUUACGCGAAUUAUAUCACCCGGAUGACAUGAUCGUAUCAACGUAAGGCGUGAUUCGAUGAUAAAUUUCAUGCUCACGUGGCACAAACUUAGCUUUCUGUUGGACACUUUGAAUUUGAGGUAUAAUAUAUUAAAAAAGGAUAAAUAUCCUUGUUAAGCACAAUGUUUUCUGCCCCUGGGAAUUUAAAAUAUCUUCUAAUAGCCUAAAGGAGAAUAACUACACAAAAAUAGUCGAAUUACAAAUUAGUCACACUAUCAGUUCGAGUAACAAUGGUUCAACUGACCACGGAGCAAAGAUAUGUUAAGAUUGUGUCAGUUAUAGGCAAACUCAAAGUACAGUACAUGCAUAAAAUUCAUUCAUUUGUGUUGACGCACCCAUGGGUUUGGUAUAGUACUCAGGCAUUCAAAUUAUAAUAAUAAGGCGAAUUUCUAAAGGUCUCCUCCUUUUUUUAGACACGUUGUGUUGUGUUGUGUUGUGUUGUGUUGUGUUGUGUUGUGUUGUGCUGUGCUGUGCUAUGUUGUGUUGUGUUGUUGUGCUGUGCUAUGUUGUGUUGUUGUGCUGUGCUAUGUUGUGUUGUUGUGCUGUGCUAUGUUGUGUUGUUGUGCUGUGCUAUGUUGUGUUGUUGUGCUGUGCUAUGUUGUGUUGUGUUGUGUUGUAUACUGUUGUAUGUUGUAUUGCGUUGUACUGUGCUACGCUGUAUUGUGUUGUACUGUCAUAGUGUGUUGUAAUGUAUUACCGUGUAUGACAAUACCAGGCUAUACCUUUGUUUGGUCUUAUUUACUUCUUUGUGUUUCCAGAUGAAAAACACGAUAGCAAAUGUUUGUGGAGUCCCAAGGGAAUAGCUGAACAGAAAUGUAAGUGACAGAAAACUACGCAUGAAUGGACCAAUCCCCAAUUAACCAAAAUUUUGAACUCAACAAGUCUAGACAAAAAUUUCAUCACAGCUUGAAAGAGCAUCACAAAAUUAGUAAUAUUCCUAAGUUUCGUUGCAAAAUGUUGUAAAAUGCGGAUAAUAUAGCCUUGCGAAGUUUGCAAUUUUCAGCCAUUUUAGAUUACAAACGGGAAAUGGUUACCACUUCUGUGCGUAAUACAAAAUGACUGAAAAUUACAAACUUCGCAAGGCUAUAUUAUCCGCAUUUUACAACAUUUUGCAACGAAACUUUGGAAUAUUACUAAUUUUGUGAUGCUCUUUCAAGCUGUGAUGAAAUUUUUGUUUAGGCUAGUUAAGAUUAAAAUUUUGGAAAAGUGGUACAACCGUUUCCCGCUCGUAAUACAAAAUGACUGAAAAUUGCAAAUUUCGCAAAGCUAUAUUAUCCGCAUUGUACAACAUUUCGCAACGAAACUUUGGAAUAUUACUAAUUUUGUGAUGCUCUUUCAUGCUAUGAUGGAAUUUUGUCUAGACUUGUUGAGAUCAAAAUUUUGGUUAAUUGGGGAUUGGUCCAUUGUACAUUUCUGAACAUUAGCAAGUAAAUCAAAUAUGGAGAACUAAUAAUGUCUUUUUCUUCAGUACAAAAGUACGUGGACACAGUUUGUGGAUCAGGCUGGGACGGAGGAACGUCGUGUGUGAUGAGCAAGGGAGAUGACGAGCAGGUUUGUUGGAUCAAUAUUGACAGUAUAGGAUACCCUACUGCAGUAUGUGAUUGACAGUUUAAUUUAUUUCACAAAAAUCAUAUGACGUUGGUUCCUUAUUUAGGCACUAUACGUAUUACUGCAAUGUAACUACAACUGUGAAGAAGCCAUAAACAAAUUUAAAUCUCAACCACCGCCGUCUCAAGGUACUGCAGGUACUUCCAUUAUAAACAUUAUUUCAUGAUGUAAAGACGUAGCAAACGAUUUUUCAAACAGGACAUAACAAAAGGAAUACAAUUUAAUGUCUUGCGUUUCGUUGUUUACAUCACAACAUCUUCAUGUGUGACAGAUCACACAUGCGGUUAACGGACUGCUCCUCACGUCUGAGUUUGGCCUACUAUUGUAGGUCGAGGCAGAGAUUUAACUUAGGUUGGUUACUUCACUGCACUUGAUCUCAACUAACUAACCUUUGGAGACCUUUGUCAAUCCUCCAUGAUAAAAAAAAAACGGCGUUGCGCAUUGCAUGGUAAUUAUAGCAUCAGAUAUUCUGUGAUAUUAUGUAGAUAGCAUGUUUUUUUAGAAUACUUUGAUAAAAUCAAACCGAAAGCAAAAUGGCGAUGGAUGUUGAAGGCAAGGUAGCUUUAAAGCUUUUGAUGUCUUCUGAGAAAGCAAUAAGAACAGCUAACGAAGGUCACGUAAAGCUUUUGAUAUCUUCUAAGAAAGCAAUAAGAACAGCUAACGAAGGUCACGUAAAGCUUUUGAUAUCUUCUGAGAAAGCAAUAAGAACAGCUAACGAAGGUCACGUAAAGCUUUUGAUAUCUUCUGAGAAAGCAAUAAGAACAGCUAAUAAAGGUCACGUGGCUGCAACUCUCAUCCUCGUUUCAUCCGGGCUUAAUAAUGCGAAUAGUGAUUAAAGUCCGAAAGACAUUUUUCAUUGUGUCACGUUUUUCUGUGUGAUUCACAAUAUUUUUCACUGUUGAGCGAAAAUAUUGAUGCAUGCGUGUUAGAGAGGAUUUCCACUUAUAGAGAAAUAUUUCGUUGUCAAAAUGUUUUGCUUGAUUUCUUUUGAAUUGUGACUUAAUUAAAUGAGUUCCACGUGACUGCUUGCAAGUGGAAAUCCAGCUUAACUUGUUGUUAUUAAUUAAUAGGUAAUAAAUGGUUUCGAGUGCAAUUUGGAUAAAGCAUGCACGAAUGAGCUUUUCAAAGAGCAUCAAAAUAGAACGAGUCGAAGAACGAGUGCUAUUUAAUUACGGGAACCACUCAAUAUUUUAAGAAAAUACAAAAUAACAGUAACUCCGAAUAACAUUUUGAUUUUUAAUCCACGUUUCCACUAGUUUGUAGUCAUCCUCAGGAUUAUGAAUAGUGUAAAAUUACAGAUGCAGCUAUUAUAAAGCCAAGAAAGGCGGAGCUUAAUAAGUCAAUGAAAUAUGAUAAGUUCUUUGGAAGCUUUCGCACCGUGGUUAAGAUCAGGUUUUCGUCUGCGUAUAGCAAGAGACUCCUUAAAUAACAACAGAGACCAGUGGUCUAGGGGUUAGUUGAGUCAGGUGAAAGUUCCAUAAGGGAUUUGAUGUGCUGAAAAUGUUCACAACAGUUGAUGUGGGCGUUGAUUUCCGAGUUUUCGAGUUUUUUAUUCGAGUGCUAUCUGAGGUCUUUGAAAAAUUCACGAGUGCUUGUUUUAUCCAAAUUUCACGAGAAACUAUCCUAUUACUGUACGUAUUCAUAAUAUACAUAAAAAAUUUUCGAGACUAUUGUAGUUGUAACUUUUAGCGAACCGUCCACUGGCAAAGUUUUCCUGGCUUUGUUAUAUCACAUACAACGCUAACAGCUUGAAAAAUUCACUCAACUAUAUGUCUAUAUGUAAGCUUUGUUUUUUUUAAGGUUAAGGCUUUUCCAUUUAAAAAAAAGAUAAAAGCCAUAUUUUCCAACCGAAGUCAAAAGCGGCGCCAUGUUUGUUUUGUUUUGAAGCAAUCUGUGACCGUUACUUGAGAACUGCUUUAACCUGAUUGGUUGAUUUUAUCACAUUGUUUUCCCACCAAUCAGACCAGUUUGUUACAGAUUUUUGCACUGUGAUUACAGAAAAUUGUACUGUGAUUACAAAAAAUGCACUGCUGUUUGGGAUGUACUGAAAUCAACCAAUCACGGUCGAGUAAUAUUUUUAUGUAUAUUAUUAAGUUUGAAAACAUUCGCUAGUUUUUUAAAAAAAUAUUUUGACGCCUUUAGCACAUGGAAAGUUGACAGUCGAAAUACAGCAGAACUAUUCUUAUGCGUUUUGCGUAUUGGUGUUUUAGUUUUGAAAACUUUUAAGCAUUAUAACAGACUCCAAAAGUUGCCAGAAGACAGAAAGGCUAUCGUGCCUUCAAUAUUUGUUGUUCUAGUUUUGCUUUUUGUUUGUUUUUAUCAAAUUAUUUUGUGAAAACUUAAUUCACUUCUUUCUACACAAUAUUAGAGAAUAUUGGAAACUUGUCGACUUCAUUGUUGGUUGGGUUGUAAAACCUGUCAAUGUCUUCCGUCCACCUCAUUUACUUCAUUUUAAUAUUGUAAAGUACUAAUAACAACGUGUUUUUUAUAGAAAUGACGUUUUGGUCUGAAGAAGAAUGUCGUAAUUUUGAAUUAGGUAAUUUUCCCUGAUUUCGUUUAGUGAAAAUGCCACUCGUGCAGGAUAUCAAGUUUCUAUCACUAGAAAGAUAAAUAGUCCAACACUCGGCCGUAACCUAUAUACGGAACCAGGGGUAAAAUAAUAUUAGGUAGAAGUAAAGUAGAAAAAGUAGGACUCUCCCCUGCCUUCACAUCCGAGAGAAAUGCUUUAUUCGUUAUAUCCAACCUAUACUAUGAAAAAUUCAAACGGAAUGCAAUGCCAUCUUACCCCUUAUACAUACCGGGUGGCCCAAAAAAAAGUACUCCUGUUUGAUUCGUAAUAACAUCUAAACAAGUAUAGCUUUUAAAGAGAAAUAACUUGCAUCAAAUAGAGGAAGGACUAACUUAGACUUUGAUAUAUUACAGUUGUAUUUCACUUAAAAAUUCACGGAGAUAUUAAUCUUUAAAUUCGGGAGGAUAUUUCUGGAUGUGUCUGAAAUAUGCAAAAAUCGGCGUAUCAAAUAUUAAUCAAGAUUUGCCCGACUGAAACAUGCACUAUUACCAGUAAAUAAAUGACACUUGACAAAUUGUUUAUUAUGAAACAAAGUAUUAUUAUAUCUACAAAAUACAAGCAAGAUUCAUUCGUCCGAAAUUCGCGUGUGUUCCUAGCACGAAUACGUUUCCUUAUUUCAUGAGACCACUGCAUCGCGAAGGAUCGUCAUUGGAUCGUUCGUAGUUCUGAAUUAGGGCAUGCUGUCACAACGGAAUUGUGAAGCUCUUCUAACUUCUGCAACGUUCUGAAAUCUUGUUAAGAACACCCAAACUCUUUUGCCGUUUCUUAAUCUUGGCAAGUUCAUGGAGUAAACUGAGAAUUAUAUGAAACACAAUCAAACCAUACAACUCCAUAAGACAUAACAAUUAAGCAACUCCCCAGAGACAUGCAACAUUUUUGGAACAAAACGUAACAAAAUAGUAGCGUUGAUACGGUGAUGUGUAUUUGCAAAAAGCAAUAUUAUUUCCUUCAAUAAAGAAUAUUCAUCCUGCUCUAACCGAGAAAUAAUCUACUCAGUCUGUUUGAACCCAUUAAAAACAUAAAAAAAUUAGGCUAUUUAAGAAUACGAAAAAUUUAAGCGCCUGCCUUCCAUGGUCAGUCUUUCAUGUACAUUUAAGUUUGCAAAGACCUAAUAUUAAAUACUUGCAUAAUUUCGAACGUUCAUAUUUCAGGAAACAAUGAGCUAAGACUUACAUGUAAGAUGUCUAAAUCUACGCCAUAUCCCUUACAAACCUUAACGAUAAUUCGCUGAAAUACAAGUUAGCCUAAUAUGUCAUUAAGCAAACAAACGCUGGAGUUAAUAUUUGAUAUGCCGAUUUUCGCUAAUUUUAGACACAUUCCAAAAUAUGCUCCCCAUUUUUAACAUUAAUAUCUCCGUGAAUUUUUAAGUUAAAUACAACUGUAAUAUAUCAAAAUCUAAGUUAGUCCUUCCUCUAUUUAAUGCAAGUUAUUUCUCUUUAAAAACUUUACUUGUUUAGAAGUUAUUACGAAUCAAACAGGAGUACUUUUUUUUGGGCCACCCGGUAUACUUGUUUGUUCGUGUCCAUUAUAAAUGCUACUAAUACGAUAGGAAUGAUUUUGAAUUUUGUCAUGUCUGUGAAAUUGUAGAUAUGUAUUGAACACUUACUUGUUUUUCCACAGGAUUAAGGCAAUUUGGAAAGGAUUUCUAUUCAAUACAACGGUCGAAGGUAAUAGUUGCAGGUUGGCUCAUGUAAGUGAGUCUAAUAAAUAUAUAUAAAUUUCCACUCGAUAAUUUCCAUCAGGGUCUUAGCCAGAAUUUGCAACUUGGGUGUCCAAAUUUGAAAUUUCAUUUAUGACACCCAAUGUUUGCCAUAUGGAACCAUAUGCAUGGCACCACUUCAUGCACCAGUAAUUCAAUGUGAUUAUUUCCGAAUGCUGGGAGUAAUCGGUGACUGCACUUGAGAAUCGCUCAAAAAACUAAUAAUACAUUCAAUUAUUCAGACUAUGUCACUACUCACUACACUGACUACAGUACUACAGUUUAAGUAAAUCUGCCGAUAUAUUAAUCUUAUAUGAUUGAUAUUAUGUUGUCACUUUCAUGCUAUAAAUACAGUACUUGCUGUAGCUUUGAUAAGCUAUAGUGCGAGUGAAGAACACACACAAAAAAAAAAAAAGCAACUAAUUAUCUUAUAUAGUUAUAUUCUACGGUUUUUGGCAGCUAGGCCUCAAGGGUGGGUUGACUACAAAAUUUCUGUAGUUCGCUAUAACUACAGCUACUUCAAAAAUAUGUAGUCAGCUACAACUACUGCUACUUUUGAACAAAGGUAGUUCGCUACUGACUACAGCUACUGCUUAAAAUAUGUAGCGAACUAUUUCGCUAUUUCGCUACUCUAUAUUUUCUAGUUUUACGGUAUUUGGAGCAUCCACUAGCUCAGGCUGUAAUAUAACCUAUAACAAAUCGACUUACGAGUAGCAACAGUAAACAAAAAGGGUCAAAGCAACAUUUUUGUAAGCACUACAGUGUUCAGGAGUGUCACUUUUCAUUGCGCUAAAAUAAUCUUUACUUUAUAAAAUAAUCUUUUAAGCAAACCGUGUCUUAAUAUCAUUCUAUUCUAUGAACGGUUGCUAACAAUUUUAAAAAGUAGCGAACAGCGAUUCGCUGUUUGAAAAGUAGUCAACUACUUGGCUACUUUUAGGCAAAAUGUAGUUCGCUAUAACUACAGCUACUGUUUUAAAAAAGUAGUAAAAAACUACUGGCUACUUGAAAAUUGUAGUUCGCUACAGUAGCGAACUACAACUACUUCGCUACUACCCACCCUUGCUAGGCCUAGGAAUAUUUGGUUUGGUAGAUUUGGCAGCUUGCAAGUGAGCAAUGUCUAUGUUUACCGUCCAAAAGCUGUCUUUUUUAGAAUGCCGUCCAAAUUUGAAAAUGGCCGUCCAAAAGACGGCUGGACGGUAGGCUGGCUAAGACCCUGAUUUCCAUCUACAAUGCCCUCCAAUGCCCUUUAUUGAAUCGAGUGAGAUGCCAACAAAAAUCUCCAUAAGAAUGUUCGUCGGUUUGAAUCCCGGCUUCAUCCAACAAUUUUUAUCCAUCGAUAGUUGAUCCAACAAUGUUGGCCGCGAUGACGGAUGAAAUUUCAACCUGAUUCAGAAUAUUACUUAAACUCAAUGUUGACAACGCAGUGUUGUGUAUCAUGCUUCCCUGAUGAUGACUCUGAAAUAGAGUUGAAAUACUCUUGCCAUCGUAAGAAUGUUUAAAUUAAGUUGAUAAGCUCGCAAGAAUUUCUCGUGCGCUUAAAUAUGGAUUUGAACUCUUCCCAGUGUACUCGAUAACUCAAUUGGUAGAAUUGGCCAUGGCCUCUUUUUCCCCCUCAGUCUAGCUCGUUUUUGUGUAUAAGUUUAUUUCCACAUUUAAUAGUCAAAAUCCAAAAUUCUUUUUUGUGCAUGUGUUGAAGAAGGAUGUUCUGCUUCUCUGACCAUAGCCCGUGAGAAACAAACUUAAAAUCCAUUCCAUUUAAGGUGGUCCUAAGUUGAAAACAGUGUUAGUCGUGACGUAAUUACCGUAAAGAUCUACCGGUAUUAGUAGAGCAUUUUACCCAACAUGUUGCAUCCGGCAGCUGAACAAUGAAGAGGAUGAUGUUUGAUCAACAUGUUGGAGUGGUUUAAACGAACCUUUAGUGUCUGUCUAGGUUACCUUUGACUACUUUGUUGAUACCGUAGUUGAUGGAUAUUUCUCUUGAGUUUAGAUUCCUGGCAGGACUGUGGGAGAUAUAGUUCAAUUUUAUUAUUUAUGGAAGAAAACUGAAAGACACGAUGCCUUUUCAUGGCAAAUUCGAAGUAAAAAGAAAUACUCGUUUCAUCCUGGAAUUACGUAAGUACACUCGAAAAAUAGCUCUAAUGUACAACAACCUCGGGGUCAC